UGAAGAUAAAGUAAUUGCGUCGACGGCGCGCCAAACAGAAACAUGAGAUUCAUAUUAGCAAGUACUUCCUUCCUGCUUGAGAAGAGAAAGUUAGAAGUUGAAGUUUAAAUUAGUAGCUAAACAGUUCGUGAAACGGAUUAAGUUAGUGCAACCCGCCGUUUUGGUGCAGACUGAAUAAUCUCUGAUCGGCGCUGGUUAAAAAGAAAAAAUUGUCAUGAUAGCAGCUACAACAUCUACUCCAACUCCGGCGAGAGAGGAUGAAGUCUCGCCUUGGCCAUUGUCGCGAGGUUCGUGCAGAAGUAGUCCAUCGCAAGAGACGAGUGCAUCCUCCAUUUUUUCGGACGAUGAAAGUGACGACUUCGCCCGACCCCGAGACCUCUCUUCCUUACUGCGCGAGCGGUCCGAAGCUGCGAGGCUGGUGAGGCAAAAGGCCUUUGCUGCGCGCGGGAUCACUCCGCCACCCUUUCAAAUCGACGGCAGCAACGGGAGGAUUUUGUCCGCAGAGGGGAUAAAUCCAACUUUUCGGCCAGAAAACCUACGCGGCGAGAAUCAACGGCGGCAAAAACUCAAACAGUAUGUGAUAUUGAAUGCUGAUUACCUUUGCAGCCUUUGCGGCCCGGCGGACAGCAUCGGCGACUACCUGCAGGCCCGAAGCCACGGCCUCGCCACGCCGGACGUGCACUGCAAGUGCUACGAGAGGGAAAAGGCUGAGUUUGCCGCGAACAAAGCCCCGGGGGGGUUCCGGGGAAAAAUUUGCUCCGAGAAGGCGUCGCACUUGAUCGAGCGCAGCACGUUUCUCCGGUACGUCCGUGCGGAGGCCAGUUUGCUGAAAUUCUUCAAGCCGAAAUUGUGCGAGCAAUACCGGACCUUCAUCGUGCUCACGCUCGCGAACGACUUUUGCAUGAAGUGCCACAGCGAGAAGUUGAAGCGUGCGGAGCUCGCGGCGAGAGAGGAAAAGUCUGGGUUGGAGCAGCUGCCGUUCGAAGUGGUCAACAAAGUCAGCACUUUUCUAACCGUGGCAGAAUUGUUGACACUGUCGCAGACCUGCAAAAGCCUCCGGUCUGAUCUUUACUCACCCUUGCAGACGCUUUUUGAGGAAGAGCAGUCUUGUGGCGCUCCUUCAACUUGUCAGGACGAUGCUGUACAGACUGCUGUUUCAUCCGGCAGAGGCAGAGCAGUUUUCGUGGAGCCAAAACAUACAGGAAAUUAUCCGGCUAGAAAUACUGCACGACGAAAACCUCCUACCUCUAGACGAAAAGCUGCGCAAGUUUUGGAUUGCGUUAGCAGUGAAAAAAUCUCUUCAUCUACCCCUUCCGUCACAACUACAUCUUCCAGCACAACGAGAGCAGGGAGUUGCCAUUCAACCGUUCGCGGGGCCUGCAGCUCGAGCAACCACCAAACAAAAUCGGAACUUUCAUGUACUUCAAACGUCGAACACAUUAAGACGAUGAAGGUCUGUAUGCGACCUCGGAGGCUGUUCGGGUAUUAUGGCUGCCCGAUUCGUCGACAAACAAGACGGACAACAACUCAGCAACAUCUUGGACGUCGCAUAGUAUCGGUUUUACCACGAGGAAGAUCUUCAUCCCACCUUUUCAAAGAGAGCGUCGACCUACUCUCAGAGGUGGAAGCAGACGACAACUAUGCUGGUAAAUAGUAGCAGAACCAGAAUUAUUGAGGAAAAAUAAUUUUUUUGCACCUGCCGCCGUGGUUUAAAACUAGACUUGCAGGAGAUGCUGUAGUUCUACCUAGACGAGAUGACGCAAACUACUGUGUACAAAAACGAAAGAAUCUUCCAAAAGCGACAAGAAAAG